GUAAUUGCGGAAGUGUAACUUGAAGAAGUUCACCCCGCUGUCUCUGAAAAGCAGUGUAGCUCUUGUAGUCACUGUACUGCUACUGUUCAGAAAUAGAGAAUAAACUGGGAAUGUCUUUGUCUUUCGAGGAAAGAGUCGUGCUUGUCACUGGGGCCGGAAGAGGCCUUGGCAGAGAAUAUGCACUGGCUUUUGCUGAACGAGGGGCCUCAGUUGUAGUGAAUGACCUUGGGGCAGACACUAAAGGGGGUGGAAAGAGUUCUGCAGCUGCUGAUAAGGUGGUGGAGGAGAUAAGAGCGAAGGGAGGCAAGGCUGUGGCGAACUAUGAUUCUGUAGAAGAUGGAGAAAAACUGAUUCAGACAGCGCUGGAUGCAUUUGGAAGAAUAGAUGUUGUUGUAAACAAUGCUGGGAUACUUCGUGACCGAUCAUUUGCCAGGACGAGUGAUUUGGACUGGGACCUGAUUCAAAGAGUUCACUUGAGAGGCUCCUUCCUAGUGACUCGAGCUGCCUGGAACCAUAUGAAAAACCAAAAGUUUGGCAGAAUCAUCAUGACGGCUUCAGCGGCAGGCAUCUAUGGUAACUUCGGCCAGGCCAACUACAGCGCUGCCAAGUUGGGCAUGCUGGGGCUUGCAAACACCUUGGCCAUCGAGGGACGCAAGUACAACAUCCACUGCAACACCAUUGCUCCUGUUGCAGGCUCACGCCUCACGGAGACCAUCAUGCCCCCAGACCUUGUGGCAUCUCUGAAGCCUGAGUAUGUUGCUCCCCUGGUCCUCUGGCUUUGUCAUGACCAAUGUCAAGAAAAUGGAGGACUGUUUGAGGUUGGUGCAGGCUGGAUUGGUAAAUUGCGCUGGGAGCGUUCUCAGGGCCGCAUUGUGAGACAGGCGAACCAACCCAUGAAACCUGAGGCUGUCAGGGACCAGUGGGACAAAAUCUGUGAUUUUACAGACGCCACCAAGCCUACUAACGUACAAGAGUCUCUACAGUCAUUUAUGAGUGUGCUGUCUCAAGUGGAAUCAGAGGGAGAAGUGGGUGCAAAUCCAACAGCUGCUGCAGCUUCUUUGGCCUCAACUUCAGGGAUCAAUCUUGCCGAGGCAGUGGGACAAAAAUUACCACCGACCACGUUCAGCUUCAACCACACACAGUGUAUCCUCUAUGCACUGGGGGUCGGCAUGUCCACCAAAGACCCGGACCAUCUCAGGUUCCUGUAUGAAGGCCAUCCAGACUUUAGCUGCCUCCCCACCUUCGGGGUCAUUCCCUCCCAGGCCGCCAUGAUGGAUGGCGGGCUGAGCUCAGUCCCUGGACUAAGCAUAGAUUUUACACAGGUAUUGCAUGGAGAGCAGUAUCUGGAGCUUUACAAACCUCUACCAACCUCAGGUAAACUUACCUCUGAGGCCACCAUAGCAGACGUGUUGGACAAAGGGUCCGGCGCCGUCAUCCUCUUGGACGUGAACACCUACAGUGGCGACGAGCUGGUGUGCUACAACCAGUUUUCAGUGUUUGUGGUUGGAGCUGGAGGCUUUGGAGGGAAGAGAACCUCUGAGAAAGCCAAAGCUCCUCUGCCGCCACCCCAACGGGCACCGGAUGCUGUGGUGAUUGAUUCUACCACAAGAGACCAAGCGGCCUUGUACCGUUUGAGUGGAGACUGGAACCCUCUUCAUAUCGACCCUAGCUUUGCUGCCAUGGGAGGUUUCAAGGCUCCCAUCCUGCACGGCCUGUGCUCAUUUGGCUUCGCCGCGAGACACGUCCUCAAGCAGUUUGCCGACAAUGACCCCUCCAGAAUGAAGGCUAUCAAGGUUCGCUUUGUGAAGCCAGUGAUGCCGGGUCAGUCACUACAGACUGAAAUGUGGAAGGAAGGCAACAGGAUACACAUCCAGUGCAAGGUGAAGGAGACGGAUGCCGUCGUGCUAUCGGGGGCCUACGUGGAUUUACAUGCCAUAUCAGACCCCUCUCCAGAAAAUUUCGCUCAGGGGGGAGGCCUUCAGAGUGAGCUGGUGUUUGCCGAGAUCGGUCGUCGUAUUAAAGACUUGGGCUCAGAGUUGGUGAAGACGGUGAAUGCUGUGUUCGGCUGGGAGAUCACCAAAGAUGGCAAGAACACUGCACAGUGGACCAUUGAUCUGAAGAACGGCAGCGGCUCCUUGCAUAAAGGCCCUUACAAUGGGAAGGCAGAUGUGACCUUCACAGUCUCAGAUGAAGACUUCAUGGAGGUCGUGCAGGGGAAACUCAACCCUCAGAAGGCGUUCUUCUCUGGCAAGCUGAAGGUUAGAGGGAACAUCAUGCUGAGUCAGAAGCUGGAGGUCAUCCUCAAGGUCUACGCCAAGCUGUGAGGCUCUCAGCCAAGAAGUCAGAUGACUCUAGGAACCAACCAGCCUACCAGCUCUCAGCGUCUGUCUGCUUUUCUUGUCCUGAGUCAUGUGUGUGUACUUCCGUGCUGUACCACUAAAGAGAUCACGUGGAUACAGAUACAAGCUUUGUCACAUCUUCAGGUAUUGGCAAUAGGAGAAGCGAUAAUUCAGUGUCAUUUCAGCUGGUUAGAGUUUAACUUGGUUGAACUAAACGUGCACUAAACACACCUGCAUUUAAAGAUUCAAAUGGGGAAUUAACCAUGGGUCUUCAUGAAUUUAGUCAAAUUAUACUGUCUUAAUCGGUCAUCGUAUUCUUGUAUUAGUACAAAUAAGUAUCUACUAUAGCGAAGAACUGAAAUUUUGCCUAAGAUUUGAUAAAUGUACCGGUUUAAGUGAUAACAAUUAAAAUCUAAUCCAGUUUUUAAUCUCGGUUUGACUAAAGUCAUAAUUCAGCAGUCUGUCAUGUCAUUAUGAUGACUAAUUGACCUUUGCUGUUAAGUCACGGACAGUUUUAUCAGUUACCUGAUGCUGUAAUCACAACAGAAACUUGGAGAGUUACAGUAAUAUAGAGUUUGCUCAUUAUGGAAAUAAGGAUAUUCAGUUUUAUAAUAAUAUCAGUGCUAUUGUUAUGUAAUUGAAUGAUUCCUCUGCUAUGAAAACAAACUUAUUCAGAACCUUAAUUCUGUAUGUUUAAUUAAAGUAAGAUAUAAUUGGUAUUUUUGAAAUAAACAUGUAUCAAAUGAC